UUCCUUCUUAUAUCUCAUAUCCACUACAAAACCUAACAAGAGUAGUUUUUAUCAAAUAAGGAGAACUUGUAAACCAGAAACGCUAAAUAACACUCAACUGCAAGGAUAAUGAAACUUGUGUGUACCUGCAUCCUGUUUGUUUUCCUGCAAAUAAACCUCAACCAGAUAUAUGUAAGCGCGCAGGGUGUUGACGAAUGCCCUAUUUGUGAUCCCGUGUCUCACCUGCAGGAAGAUUUUUGUAAAGAAACUAUUGUUGUGGAAGUCGACGUAGUAGGCAUACGUUCUGAAACUGCAGAUUAUGAUAUUUUCACUGCUACAGUUGUGAAAAUUUACCGAGGCAAUGAGGCAGAUAUUCCGAUAGGAUCUAAUAUAACAUUUACAGCGCGCGUUUCAGAGUGCAUUCGUAAUCAGUUUAAAGGAGCGUAUAUUUUUUCUGGAGUUUUAGGAACAGUGCUUGCUGGUCAUUAUGAUAUAACUUUUUGUCAAAGCAUAAGAAUUCGGAAAGCAAUAACACCGGCCACAAAACUGCAAUGGAUUGAACAUCUUUUGAAAAAGUUAAAAAGUAUUGGAUGUGAAGGAAAACACCACUGCUUGGCACUUCCGGAUAUACCUAAAAAUAAGGACGUGAAAAAUGCUUGCCUCUUUCCCGUCACUCCAGCCAACACAACUAACUGUUAUUUAGACUGGGGUGCUUGUCUGAGAACGAAUUGCAACGUCCCGUGUACAUGGUUCUAUGCAGAAGGUUCAAACUGUGCUGAGGGCGACUCUAAUCCUGACGUUGUUCCAGCAAACGAAGGCUAAGAAGAACAAUAAUAUUUAUUAUAUAAUGUUCUGAUAA